GCGGGCAGAGUCGCAGCCGCCACUCUGCGGAGGAGCCGCUGCGGGGCGGGCGCCGGGCGUCGGGCGUGAUGGAGGGCCCCGGGCUGGGCUCGCAGUGCAGGAAUCACAGCCAUGGCUCCCACCUUCCGGGAUUUGGUCGACACAACAUCUGUGCACACGAAAACCAAGAACUUGCGAAGGCAAAAGAAAUUCUUCCUCUUAUAGAGGACUCCAGUAACUGUGACAUUGUCAAGGCUACACAAUACGGAAUUUUUGAACGAUGUAAAGAGUUGGUAGAAGCAGGAUAUGAUGUCAGACAACCAGACAGAGAAAAUGUGUCUCUUCUUCACUGGGCUGCCAUUAACAACAGACUGGAGCUUGUAAAGUUUUAUAUUUCCAAAGGUGCUGUGAUAGAUCAGUUGGGUGGUGAUUUAAAUUCAACUCCUCUUCACUGGGCCAUCCGACAAGGGCAUUUGCCUAUGGUCAUAUUAUUACUCCAGCAUGGUGCAGACCCCACUCUAAUUGAUGGGGAGGGGUUCAGCAGCAUUCAUCUGGCUGUCCUGUUUCAGCACAUGCCGAUCAUAGCGUAUCUCAUCUCGAAGGGACAGAGUGUGAAUAUGACAGAUGUCAAUGGCCAGACACCUCUCAUGCUAUCAGCGUACAAAGUCAUUGGGCCAGAACCAACUGGAUUCCUUUUAAAGUUUAAUCCUUCUCUCAGUGUUGUUGACAAAACACAUCAGAACACUGCACUUCAUUGGGCAGUUGCGUCAGGAAAUGUCAGUGCAGUUGAUAAGCUAUUGGAAGCUGGUUCUAGCCUGGACAUCCAAAAUGCUAAGGGAGAAACACCUCUUGAUAUGGCUGUACAAAAUAAAAACCAGCUCAUUGUUCACAUGCUGAAAACAGAAGCCAAGAGGAGAGUGAACAAAAAGUUUAGACUUUGGAGAUGGCUACAUAAAUGCGAGCUCUUCCUGCUGCUGAUCCUCUCUGUGGUUACCCUGUGGGCCGUCGGAUACAUCCUGGACUUCAAUUCAGAUUCUUGGCUUUUGAAAGGAUGUCUUCUAGUAGCAUUGUUUUUUCUGACAUCUCUGUUUCCAAGGUUUUUGGUUGGCUAUAAGAACCUUGUGUACUUACCAACAGUCUUUCUGCUAAGUUCCAUUUUUUGGAUAUUUAUGACUUGGUUCGUCCUAUUCUUUCCUGAUGUAGCAGGCAGCCCUUUCUAUUUUGCUUUCAUUUUCAGCAUCAUAGCCUUUCUCUAUUUUUUCUACAAGACUUGGGCAACGGAUCCAGGCUUCACUAAGGCUUCUGAGGAAGAGAGGAAAGUGAGUAUUGUCACCCUCGCAGAGACUGGCUGUCUGGACUUCAGAUCAUUUUGCACAUCAUGUCUUAUAAGGAAGCCUUUAAGGUCACUGCAUUGCCAUGUAUGCAACUCUUGUGUGGCUCGAUUUGAUCAGCACUGCUUCUGGACUGGACGCUGCAUAGGUUUUGGCAACCAUCAUCAUUACAUCUUCUUCUUGCUUUCUCUUUCCAUGGUAUGUGACUGGAUCAUUUAUGGAUCUUUCGUCUACUGGUCAAACCAUUGUGCCACAACGUUCAAGGAAGACGGACUAUGGACCUACCUCAGUCAGAUAGUGGCCUGCUCUCCCUGGGUUUUGUACAUCUUCAUGCUAGCAGCUUUCCAUUUCUCAUGGUCAACAUUUUUAUUAAUAAAUCAACUUUUUCAGAUUGCAUUUCUGGGCCUAACCUCCCAUGAGAGAAUCAACCUGAUAAAGCAGAGCAGGCACAUGAAACAGGCAUUGUCCCUCAGGAAGACACCAUAUAACCUUGGAUUCACACAGAACCUGGCAGAUUUCUUUCAGUGUGGCUGCUUUGGCUUAGUGAAGCCCUGCAUGAUAGACUGGACAUCCCAGUACACCAUGGUUUUCCACCCAGCCAAAGAGAAAGUUCUUCGCUCUGUAUGAAGAAAAGCACCUUCGAACACACCUUGACUUGUUUUUGUUUCUGUUGGUGCUGGGAGGUCUGAAAGUUAAGUGAGAUGCUGAGCUCACCAUAGUUCAAAACUCUGGGCACACCGUCCCCAGGAGCGCGUACCCUCUGUCAGACCUCGGAAGAAGGCAUGUUACUGAGCAGACAUACUUCAAAAUCUUCCAUAUUUUCCCCAAGAAUAUGAGUUACUUUUUAAAAAACAGAAUAGUCACUGAUGAUGGAUUAAAAUAGAGUAUUUUCAGAUACUAUAUUGGCUUUCUAAAAAUCGUACUCUUUAAACUUUUAAUUUUUAAUAAGUUAUUUGUCCUUAUUGUACCUAUAAAUAUGUAAAGAGUAUUUAAAUAGAUGUACCUGUUUUACUUUCACACUUAAUAAAAAUAUUUUUUUAUACU